GCAUGCAGUCGAACACGCCACGCAGCUGAUUCGUACAGAGAGCGGCAUAGCAGCGAUGCAGCAGAUCGCUUCCGCAUUGACUGCGCCGCUGAAUGUCAAUGCGGGAGAAUGAAUAACUCCAAAUGUGAUAUUAGUUACAAACGAAGGAGUCCAACACGCAUUAUACGAUGCAUAUACGUGGUCGGAUUCAUGGACCUUUUUGGGGUCAGUAUGAUCAUCCCUUUGUUGAGUCAUCAUGUUAAGUCUCUAGGUGCCAGCCCAACAGUGGCUGGGAUUGUAGGAUCUACUUAUGGAGUGUUACAACUCUUCUCCAGCACUGUGGUUGGAGGUUGGAGUGAUGUGGUAGGAAGGCGCUAUUCAUUACUGACGUGCCUUUUGCUCAGUGCCUUUGGUUAUGGCCUUUUGGGUUUGUCCACGAGUAUUGCGCUCUUUGUGUUGGCCAGGAUACCAGUUGGGCUUUUUAAACACUCCCUGUCGAUCUGUCGAGCGUUGUUGUCUGAUCUCGUGUCAGAGAAAGAGCGCCCUCUAGUGAUGGGCCACUUUAAUGCUGCUUCAAGUGUGGGAUUCAUCCUGGGUCCAGUGGUGGGCGGCUACCUCACCGAAUAUGAGGGAGGUUUCUACCUAUCCUCGUUCGUCUGUGCAUCCAUUUUCAUUUUAAAUGCAGGUUUGGUCUGGAUGUUACCAUGGAGUGAGACACUAAAUCACUGUAUAGAUGCUAAUGCUAAUAGCAAUUCAAAAACUAACGAAUCCAAUAAUGGGUUAAAAAACUCAACCCAGCAGGACUCCUCUAAUGAAAACCACAUUCGGCACCUUGCUGCAUCUGCAGACUGCCGUCAAUCAAAUCAAGACAGGAGCCGAUGGGCCACGUCUCUGUUCCAGCAGGCCUGGAGACAGCUGACCUCAGUAUGGAUACAGAUCUGCAUGGUGGCGUCGUCCGACAUGUGGGACGUAUUCCUGCUCCGUCUUUUAAUGGCUCUAGCUAUCAUGCUGUACUACAGUAACUUCUCCUUAGCCAUGGAGGAACGCUUUCAGCUCAAGCCAAAGGUGACCGGGUACCUGAUAAGUUACAGCAGUACACUGGGGGCCCUUGCUGGCUGUUUGGUGGGGCCUGUCACCAACCUAUAUGAUAACAACAUUUCUGCUUUAUUGCUCCACUCUACCAUGCUCACCUGUACGUUGAUCUUCCUGUAUGCCACAGCACCCAAUGUCUGGCAGGUCUUGCUCACCUCCACGUUCUUUGCCAUCUCGACCACCAUCGGACGCACUUGCAUCACUGAUUUAGAGCUGCAGCGCGGUGCGGCACACGCCAGUGGGACGUUAAUCGGGGCGGGGCAGUCGGUCACAGCUGUGGGAAGGGUACUAGCACCGCUGCUGUCCGGUCUGGCUCAAGAAUUCAGCCCCUGUGGACCUCCAAGUUUGGGGGUUGUGCUGGCACUGGCAGCUGUGGGUUUGCUGCUUGUUAGGACUCCUAAAUGGGACAACAAGACAAAGGUUAAAGAUAAGAGUCAUUAACAAUGAGAGAAAGAAGAAAUCUAGGUGAAACACAUUUAAAGUGAAGAAAAGAUAAAGGACUGUAAUGGCAGCUGUCCUUUUUCCUCUCAGGUCAUGUGAUCAGUGUUGUAGGACUUCUGGGAUGUCUUGGCAUUAAUGUGGGACAUUUUUUAUAAGGCUGCUUCUUGAGCUGCCAUGAUGACAGAAAGCAAGAGUGAAUGUAGAGUUGAUAGAUUAAACACCAAAUUAUUUUGAUAGUGUCAGAAAUACAUUUUUGCCGCAUCAAAAGUCAUUUUAACGUACUAUUUUACAUUUUUGAAUGUCUUUAUAUUCUCAUUAAAUAAGUUACAUAGUAAAUUAUUUUACAGUAAGUUACAGCAUUUUUGUAUGUUACAGCAACUCUCCACUGGUCAAAAUUUUAACCACUAAGGGUCAGUUUCCAGGACCAAUUUGUAGAUUAAUCCAAUACUAGGCCUUUGUUAUAUUAGGACAUUUAAGUAGUUUUUACAAAUAAACCUUACAAAUAACAAUACUGAUGUGCAUCUUGAGACAAAACAAUGGCACUUAUAUAUGUUAAGUUAUGUCAGUACAAGCUGUUUUUAAAUUAAGGAAGCUCAAACAUGCAUUUCAGUCUGGGACUAGGAUAAAACCUGUCCGGAAAACCUGACUGUAAAGCCAGUUUCAUUGUACCAAAAAUUUAAGGCAGCAAAAAUGUACAAAUAACCAGAAAUGGGACAUUUAUUCAUUUAAAUAUUUGUUUCCUUGGCGACCUCAAAACUUUCCAAAUGUUAGCUACCAAUAUGUAUACAAUAUUCCUGAUUUCACAGACAAGGUUUAAAGCUAGUCCUAGUCCUAGACUAAAACACAUGUUUGAGCUGUCCGAACUGAAAAUAACUUGCCCCAACAGAUGUUAAAAUAUGGCAGUGCCAGUGAUUUAUUAUAAGAUAUACACCAUGAGGCAUGUUUAUAAAAGAUGCUUAAACAUCUUUUAACUAAGGCCUAGUCCUGGCUUUAGCUAAACCUAUUGCCUUGAAAUCAGGCAAUAGUCUGUAAAAAGUGAAAGAUACUUCAAUUGAUAACACCUAAAAAAAGUUUUAUAAACUUAAAUUUUAUAAACUUUAAGUGAAAAAGGUGAAACAUGUUUUACUUCAAUUGUUACCUAAAAUAUUUAAACAUUUUCAAAUAAUUGAAGUAACUUUUUAAGUUAAUCCAACUUUUACUUUUUACAGUGUAGUAUAUGCUCUCAAGGGAGCACAGAGUUAAAGUCAUGUAAAUACAAUUGAAAGAAAUGGCUUGAAAUUGCUGACGAAUUUAUUAAGCUAAAGUGUUCCACACUAAAUUAAAUGAUAAUUCUCAUAGCAGCUCCCAAGAUAUUCAUUUUCUGAUAUUAACAGAAUGAAACACAACAUCACGCUGUGUCACUGAGACUCAUUUAACCACUAUUUAAAUUGCACUACAGAAAACUCAUUCCCUUUAUUUUUUAUUCACAUUGCUCCAAAGGCUAACAAUAAUGUUGUUGAUAAAACUGAACAAGAACCUUUAGAAUUUUUAUUUUUAUUGUUUAAAUUGAUGUUAUAUUUGCAAAGGAAUUUAAUGUAUGACCCUUUUGUUAAUGCCAGAACACAAAUACAGUGUGCAUCUCUAUGUAAUGAAAUUGUGUUGUCAAAUGUUGUGUAAGAACAUACAAUUUACUGUCACACGGGUAAAAAUAAAAAUCUAAGCCUACACCAA